CUUCAUUUGUCUGGCCACUAGUACCAGGGAACUGAAAACCUUUGCUAAAAUGAAGACGGUCGUGUUGACUGCAGUGUUGGCAAUCCUGCAGGUGUAUGCACAACGAAGAACCACUGAAUCUCUAUGUGAUGAGGCCGCUGAUGUUGUCUUUGUACUAGACACAUCCAGUAGUAUCUGGAACCCAGACUUUCAGAAGCAGCUCGAAUUUGUUGACAGCGUUGUCAGUCAGUUCAAUAUUGGUCCUGAUGGUACUCAUGUUGGGGUCAUGACCUUCGCCAGGAGCUACUAUGUCAAGUUCUAUCUCAAUAGAUACGAGAACGUUGAUGACAUCAGAGCGGCGAUCAAGAAGAUACGCCACAGAAGGGGCAGUAUGACCAAUACCGGCCCGGCCAUCAAAUUCAUGUCCUCUCGCAUGUUCAAACGUGGUUAUGGAGCAAGAGAAAACAUGCCGCACAUUGCCAUCGUCAUCACAGACGGCAAGUCUCAGAAGUCAGCAGAGACUCUGAAGGCUGCCAUUGAGGCACAGAAAAAACAUAUCGAGAUCUACGCCAUUGGGGUUGGCCCGAACGUGAAGGAGAGUGAACUGAGGGGCAUAGCCAGUGACCCUGAUGACCGAUAUUUCUUCUCCGUUGACAACUAUGAUGCACUGCUAGCCCAAAAGGAUGUCUUCAAACAACGUGCAUGUAAAGGAGCUACAACCACAACCGCCGCCACCACCACCACAACCACCCCACGGCCUACAACUCCAAGACCUACAACUCCCGAACCAACAACUCCCGAACCAACAACUCCCGAACCAACAACUCCCGAACCAACAACUCCCGAACCAACAACUCCUAGGCCAACAACUCCAAUGAUUACCACAACCACACAAGCAUCUCCUACAACCCCCUACUCUCGCUACACAACACGAAGGAGAACCACGCCAUGGCUACCACCACAUAUCGGGGACAUCGACCCGUCCCUCUUCAUCAAAGCCUGUACCGGAAAACCAGCUGAUAUCUAUAUCCUUAUGGAUUCGUCAACCAGUAUAGGCAAAUACAAUUUCGAACGACAGAAGACAUUUGUCAGAAAUAUGGUUUCCCGAUUCGACAUCUCCCAGGACAAAACUCGAGUUGGAGUCGUGACCUUCAGUAACUUCUACAAUCUGGAGGUCCCUCUUGGAUCCGCAAACAACGUUCAAAGUUUGUCUGCAGCCAUUCAGAGAAUUCCUUAUGCUUAUGGUACAACGAACACGGCUGAUGCAAUCCGAUUUGUCCGAGAGAACGGAUUUACAGACGAGAGGAGGCGUGAAGGCGUGGCACAUAUUAUCAUUGUUCUCACUGAUGGGCUGUCACGUGACCAAACCAUGACAAAACAAGAAUCAGAACUAGCUCGGAGUCAAGGAAUAUAUUUAUUUGCCAUCGGUAUCGGAAACGGCGCCGAACUUGAGGAGCUCCAGAACAUCGGGAAUAAGCCCCAUGAUAAAUACGUGUUCCAGGUCAGGAGCUUCCGGGCUUUGGAUUCUAUAAAAGACCUUCUGGCAUCAAGGACGUGCGAAUUGGAUAUUGAAAAACUCUGCGGUAGCCGGGAUGCGUCCGAUAUCGUCUUCAUGUAUGAUGUUCUUUCACUGGGACGAAUGCAAACCGACUAUAUUUCCAAAUUUGUCUCAAAGAUUGUCCAAAGUUUAGACAUCCCGUCUGGAAAUAUCCGUGUUGGACGCAUGCUGUACGAUUGUUUGAACGAAGCAUACACCGCACUGACAUCACCGGAUGACAUCCACGUUUGGUCUAACCAAGUACUUCCGGGUAUCACCGAUCUCAUAAGGAAACUCCGCGCUUCUGGUUUCUCAAGUUUGAAUGGCGGCAGAAUAGACGCCAAGUCCGUUGCCGUCCUAUUUCUUGAUACCAGGAUCCACAAUAUCAAUGAAGUCGUGAGACAAAUGUCGACAAUGCCCGAGACCCAGUUCGUCACGGUUGUGGUCGGUGCAGACGAUUCUACAUAUAUCCCCUACUUGUCUCAUAACACGUUUAUCCGCGUUCCAUCCUACAGAGAAUUAUUAUCAUUCAAAGACGCUUUCCUGGAGUUACUCUGUCCCGUUCUGGACGUAGAGUUUUUCCAUUUCAAAUUGUAAUUUACACGUUGACGAUGCCGUCCAAUCACUUCUUUUCAAACAAACAUUGCAAUUAUUGACUCUUAAUCUGAGGGGAACAUCUUCACUAUUUAUGUAUAUGGUAGUUCAUGUUGAUAAGGCACGAGAACGAAUUUGUGCAAAAUAACUUAAAUCGCACUAAGCCAAGGGAGCCAACUCUAAGAUAUUGAUGUGAAUCGCGGUGACUUUUUUAUGUUUGUUGUUUGUACUUCGUUUUAUUCUUGUUCUUGGUGAAAUAUUACAUGUUAUGAAUACAUCAUUUUUUUAUAUAUAUUUUUACAUAUUUUUGUAAAUUAAACAUUGAGAUGAAUCAUG